UUUUGUUUUUGUUUAUUAGUGUGGAUAAAUACUUUUUUUAAAUUUUUUUUCAUGUUCAUUUAUUUUUGAGAGAAAGCAUGAGUGGGGGAGAGGUAGAGAGAGAGGGAGAUACAGAAUCUGAAGCAGGCUCCAGGCUCUGAGUUGUCAGCACAGAGCCUGAUGUGGGGCUCGAACUCAAAAACUGUGAGAUCAUGGCCUGGGCAGAAGUUGGAAGCUUAACUAAUUGAGCCACCCAGGCGCCCCUGGAUGAAUGCUUUUCACUACUGACCACGUGUAUAUCUUUGAAUUGCCUGUUUGUUCUUAGCUGUUUUUUCCGAUUGGGCUGCUUUUCUGCACUGGUUUGUGGAGAGAUCAUGGAUUCUUGAAGAGUGUUUUUAAGUUAGAAGGUGAUUGGAAUUCCAGCUUGCUGUAAUCCCAAAGUUGUGCAAAAUGAAGUGUGUUUUUUUAAUGUUUUUUUUAUUUUUGAGAGAGUGGGGGAGGGGCAGAGAGGGAGACAGAGGGUCUGAAGCUGGCUCUGUGCUGACAGCAGCGAGCGCAAUGUGGGGCUCAAAUUCACGAAUUGUGAGACCAUGACCUGAACCGAAGUCAGAUGCUCAACUGACUGAGCUGCCCAGGCACCCCGAAGUAUAUAUACUUUCUAGGUUUAUUUUUGAGACAGAGAGGGAGUGCAUACACGCAGGGGAGGGGCAGAGAGAGAGGGAGAGACAGAAUCCCAAGUAAGCUUGGCACUGUCAGCCCAGAGCCCAAUGUAGGUCUCAAACUAAUGAACUGUUAGAUCAUGACCUGAGCAGAAAUCAAGAGUUGGACGCCUGACUGAGCCAACCAGGCACCCCAAAUUGUAUUUACUAUUCUUACUAGACUAGCUUGGAAUACCUAAUAGCAGUGGUGCAUAUUAGCUUAAAAGAAGUAGGAAACGUGAUGUCAAGAGAUUGAAAAUUAAAAAGGCAGUAUGCAUUAUUGGUUAAGAGCCACACUUAGGUGUCAAAAUUGGGUUUGAAUGAUAGCUCUGCUACGUACUGCCUCUUGUGACAUUUGGCAAGUUAUUUCUGUGCUUUAGAUUUUUCAUAUGCAAAAUGGGGAUGUAUAUGUCUACAGUAGAGUCCACAAACCUAUUCAGUAUAUGGCUGAGUAGUAAAUGUGAUUUUCUUUGUGGAUGAUACAGGAAUGCUGUCAUUUUUGGUUACCUUUCCAACCCAUUAAAAUGUAAAAACCCAGUCUUCAGCCUGGUCUGCAGCAUUAUAAUAAAUAGUGUGGAGCCUGCUUUAAAAAAUAGAGGGAAUAGGGGAUGAUAAGGCACAGGAAAGGUCAAUCCAGGAAGGUCGAGUCUUAGUACUCUUGUUCCCCAGCAUGUGCUGGAGGUAGUCAUUUGUUUAUAUCAUGAGUUUGGCAUGCUGUUCUCACUGUCAUUAUUUUAGAGCCUAUUUUGUUUGUAGCCUAGCAUAUUGUAGGAUUUGUUGUAAAAACCUUUUUUUUUGUACAAAUACUUUUAACAGCCAUUUCCAGAGAGAGCUUAGUAAGCCACUAUGAUGUUUAAUCCUUUAAAUGUACUAAAACAAGGCAUCAUGGGGAGAAAACAGUGGUUAGUAUAGCACAGUCCAGUGGUUCAAAGCAUAAUGUAGCUUUCGAUUUUCUAUGAAACAUGGCUUUAAUAAGCCCUUCACUUGAUACUUCUUUCUAUAUGCAUUGUCUGUUUCUUACAUUGAAAAAUUGUCCCUGAAAUUCAUGAGAAAAUUUUGAAUGCGAGGCAAAGUUUUUGGAUUUUGUAUAGUAUUUUCAGUUGCUUAUGGACAUGUACAUGGUAGUUUUUGUAAUGAGAUUUGCUUAUUAUUUUUAUGUAAAAGGUAUCCCUGUAGAUGUUUUAUUUGAAAUGUUAAGUAGAUUAACAUUUAAAAAGUUCUUAAACUUUUGUAUAAUGUCAGAAGUUGAAAGUUUCCCCACCUCUAUUUAUAGCUUGUUUGUAUUUUUCUUGAUGUUUAUAUGAGCAUAUACAUGUGCAUAUAAAUACCGUUUUUGCUUAAUAACAAAACAACAAAAACAAAACUAUACACACUGGUGACUAACUUGCUUUUUUUCACAUGUCAUAGGACCAUUUUCCAGGUCAGUACAUCUAGACCUCUCACAUUCAUUUUAAUGGCUGCAUACUCCACUAUUAUGGAUGUACUAUAUUUCUACAACCGGUCCCCUAUUGACGGACAUACGGUUGUGUCUGAUUUUUUGCUAGCAUUGUAAUACGUUGGAGGCUGUAAUGAAUGGUAAGGAAGUAGGUAGCAUUACUACUUUAAAGAAAAAAGUAGAGAAGAAACUUCCUUUGCCAUAGUCACUUACUAAAUGAAAUUUAAUAAAAACACUGUCAAAAGUUGAGAGGACCAAAAUUGAUACUUUUUCUCUGAUCUUUUUGCCAUGUGUAUAUCUGAAUUCUUUGUUUUUAAAGAAGAAACAGCAUUGAAGCAUUAUUUGGGGGGAAAAACACACACACAAAAUCCAGCAACUCAGCAUUCAUGAGCAACUCUAUACUAUACCAGUAUGUGCCUGUGCAGUGGAAGGAAAACAAUUUUGGAAAUAUAUCCUGGACAGUUCCAACCAUCUCUCUGUCACAAAUUCAUAGCCUUGUCAGAUAAGGAAGGAAAACUGCUUCGGAACUAUACUCAGAACAUAGAUACACUGGAACAGGUUGCAGGAAUCCAAAGGAUAAUUCAGUGUCAUGGUUCCUUUGCAACAGCCUCUUGCUUGAUUUGUAAAUACAAAGUAGACUGUGAAGCUGUACGAGGAGAUAUUUUUAAUCAGGUGGUUCCUCGUUGUCCUAGGUGCCCAGCUGAUGAACCACUUGCUAUCAUGAAACCAGAGAUUGUCUUUUUUGGUGAAAAUUUACCAGAGCAGUUUCAUAGAGCCAUGAAGUAUGACAAAGAUGAAGUUGAUCUCCUUAUUGUUAUUGGGUCUUCCCUGAAAGUAAGACCAGUAGCACUAAUUCCAAGUUCCAUACCCCAUGAAGUGCCUCAGAUACUAAUAAAUAGAGAACCUUUGCCUCAUCUGCAUUUUGAUGUAGAGCUUCUUGGAGACUGUGAUGUCAUAAUUAAUGAAUUAUGUCAUAGGUUAGGUGGUGAAUAUGCCAAACUUUGCUGCAACCCUGUAAAGCUUUCAGAAAUUACUGAAAAACCUCCACGAACACAAAAAGAGUUGGCUCAUUUGUCAGAGUUGCCACCCACACCUCUUAAUAUUUCAGAAGACUCAAGUUCACCAGAAAGAACUUCACCACCAGAUUCUUCAGUGAUUGUUACACUUUUAGACCAAGCAACUAAGAGCAAUGUUAAUGAUUCUGAGGUGUCUGAACCAAGAGAUCAUAUGGAAGAAAAAUCACAGGAAGGACAGAAUUCUAGGAACAUUGGCAGUGUUACUGAACAGCUGGGAAGUCCGGAUUCGAAGAAUGUUGACUCUAAUACUGGGGAAAAAAAUGAAAGAACUUCAAUUGCUGAAACAGUGAGGAAGUGCUGGCCAGCUAGACUUGCAAAGGAGCAGAUUAGCAAACGGCUUGAUGGUAAUCAGUAUCUGUUUUUACCACCAAAUCGUUAUAUUUUCCAUGGCGCUGAGGUAUAUUCAGACUCUGAAGAUGACGUGUUAUCCUCUAGUUCUUGUGGCAGUAACAGUGAUAGUGGAACAUGCCAGAGUCCAAGUUUAGAAGAACACUUGGAGGAUGAAAGUGAGAUUGAAGAAUUUUACAACGGUUUGGAAGACGAUGCUGAUGUUAAUGAGAGAGCUGGAGGAACUGGAUUUGGAGUUGAUGGAGGUGAUCAAGAGGCAGUUAAUGAAGCUAUAUCCAUGAAACAGGAAGCAACAGACAUUAACUAUCCAUCAAACAAAUCAUAAUGUAAUAGUUGUCCAGGUACAGGAAUUGUUCCACCAGCAUUAGGAACUUUUAGCAUGUCAAAAGGAAUGUUUACUUGUGAAUUCAACAGAGCAAGGAAACCAGAAAGGUGUAAUAUUUAUAGACUGGUAAAAUAAGAUUUUUUCUUCAUGGGUAAUUUUUAACUUCUUAUUUCUGUACUUGUACACGCAACACUAACUUUUUUUAAAAGAAGGGUACUAAGUAUCUUUAAUCACCUGUUGGUCAAGACUUUUCUUUUAAAAGUUCAUUUGUAUGAUACAUCCGUUAUGUAUAUAUAAUUUUGUUCUUGCCUAGUGAGUUUCAACAUUUUAAAGUUUUCAAAAAGCCAUUGGAAUGUUAAAUUAAUGUAAAGGGAACAGCUUAUCUAGACCAAAGAAUGGUAUUUUCACACUUUUAUUUGUAACAUUGAAUAGUCUGAACUCCUCAAAUGUCUGUUCUGCUAAACUUUUGAUUCUUUAUUAGCACAAUUACCUAUUUUUAAACACUGGCAUUUUCCAAAACUUGUGGCAGCUAACUUUUUAAAAAUCUCAUAACAUGCAGUGUGUGUAGAAGGAAGUCAACAAUAUGUGGGAGAGCACUCGGUUGUCUUUGCUUUUUAAAGUAAGACUUGGUGCUAAGAAUUUCAGGAAUAUUGUAUUGUUGAAAUGAAGAUGGCUUUUGUACUUCCUGUGGACAUGUAGUAAUGUCUAUAUUGGCUCCUAAAACUAAUCUGAAAAACAAAUAAAUGCUUUGGAAAUGUUUCAAUUGCUUUAGAGACAAUAGUGCCUGCCUGGGUACCCUUAGUUUCAAGAAUAUUUGCCAUUGUUGUUUAAAUACGUAUCACUGUGGUAGAGCUUACAUUGAUUCUUUCCCACAAGUAUUAAACUGCCAAGAUGUGAAUAUGCAGAGCCCUUAUGAAUCUAUAAUAAUGGUACUUCAACUGGGAAGAGUGUAAUAUUUUGGACUGCUGCUUUUCUUUUCCACUAAUGAGAGCAACAGGCCCCUGAUUACAGUUCCAAAGUACUAAGAUGUUAAUUAUAACUCAGCCAGUAAGUACAUGUCUCCUGUUGGGAGGAUUUGGUGUAAUAGACACCAAACUGCUAGCCUAGUAUUAUGAAGAUGAACAUGAUGUAACUUGUAAUAGCAGAAUAGUUAAUGAAGUUAGUUCCUGUAACAUCUUUAUUUAAAAGCUUAGCCUGCCUUAAAACUAGAGAUCAAACUUUUCUCAGCUGCAGAAGCUUCUAGCCUUUCAAAAAAUUCAUACUUUAUAAAAUUGCACAGAGCAAUUUAUUUUCCAGACCUUCCCCCCCACAUUAUUCCCAAAUAUAAAGUAUUCCUAUGUUGCUUUAGUAUUUAUUACAGUUUUAAAAAAGGGUUUGAAAUAUAGCUGUUCUUUAAGCAUAAAAUACCCAGCUAGGACCAUUACUGCCAGAGAGAGAAAUUUUAUUGAAUGGCCAUUUCCCUACCUAAAAGAUGUUUCAGUCUGAAUUUAUUUGGCUACACUAAAGAAUGCAGUAUAUUUAGUUUUCCAUUUGCAUGAUGUGUGUUUGUGCUAUAGAUGAUAUUUUAAAUUGAAAAUUUUGUUUUAAAUUAUUUUUACAGUGAAGACUGUUUUCAGCUCUUUUUAUAUUGUACAUAGUCUUUUAUGUAAUCUACUGGCAUAUGUUUUGUAGACUGUUGAAUGACUGGAUAUCUUCCUCCAACUUUUGAAAUACAAAACCAGUGUUUUAUACUUGUACACUGUUUUAAAGUCUAUUAAAAUUGUCAUUUGACUUUUUCCUGUUAA